GCCAAGGCCAUCAACACGAGCCUGACGGCUCUCGGCAAGGUCGUCAUGAGCCUGAGCCACGAGGGGGACCACGGCCACGUGGCCUUUCGGGACUCCAGACUCACGAGGAUUUUGAAGGACAGCUUGAACGGCAACUCGUACACCACGCUGCUCGCAAACCUCAACCCCAUCGCCGAGAACUACGAGGAAUGCUUCAACACGCUGCAGUUCGCUUUGCGGUGCUCGACCAUUCAGACCGUGCCCCACAUCAACGUGCUGACAGCGGGCACUACUCAAGAUAAGGUCAUCGAGCAGCUGACGCGCAAGAUAGAGGACCUCAAGGAGGAAAUUGAGAGGAUGCACGCCCACUACCAGAAACUGAUCGAGCAGAUCGCCGGUCCGGAUUACACCAGGUCCCUGGGACUCCUCGAAAUAGGGCCCCCAGGAGAGGAACAGAAUGAACAGGACGAAGGCGACGCUUACCGUGACGCCGUCGCCUUGCCUCCUGAUCUCGGGAACACCAAAUCUCGAGCGGCCAGCGCCGCGGGGACGCGCCCCGUCUCCGCGCGCGACUCGGAAGGCACGGCUGCCACCGGAGUGCGGAGCAGGAGGACAAGCAGGGCCCCUAGGGGAGGAAUGUCCCUGCAGAUGGUUGAGAACCAGAAGGCCCACCUCAUGCACGAGCUCGAGAGGCAAAAAAGCUACGCCAAGGAAUUGGAGGAUCAACUUCGGCGGCAUCGAUCCGAGCUCGACGACAUGAGGGAGAGGAUGUUUAGGAGCGAGCAGCAGCAAAGGGCGGACAAUCGCAGACUGAGAGAGAGUCUCCAAAAGGCGAGAGAGCAGGCCUUGGAGAAGGGCCAAGAGGGCGAAUUCAACCUAGAGGAGCAGAAGAGAGUAUUGGGCGAGGAGAUCAACCGGCUGGAGGCCAGCAACGAAAAGCUGCGAGGGCAGCUGAACCACUUCACCACCUACAUCGAUGAGCUCACAAACGACCGGAACCGCGACGCGGCAAAGUUCAAGGAAUCGGAGAGGCGCAUGAAAGAGGGCGGGGAGAUCAGAUACAAGAAAAUGGCGGAGCAGGUCGAGAAAGACAGGGCCAGGGAAAUUGAGAGCCUGACUCAACGCCACUCUCAGCUGCUCACGGCGAAGGAAAGAGAAGCCUCCGAGCUGCGAACACUCUUGGAAGACACCACUGCUCGAAGCACCGAACAGGUGAAGACCCUGAAAGAGGAGGUCGAGUACCUAACGCUCUACGCCAGACGCAUGUGGCACAUCUUCGAGGGCCUUUGCCAAGGCCGCUACCCCGUGCAGGCAGCUAGGGGCGUGAGGUCGUUACGAAUACCGGCAGCGGACAGGCCUGAGAACCUGGACACGCCCCGAAUGGAGCGGCUGCAGGCGAGCGUGGCGCGGGCAGGAGAUUUCAUUCUGGCUGUGGAGGGGAGAGGACUGGAGCAGGCCAGCGCCACGGCGGGUGGCGACGACACGGCAACGUCUCAGGCCGCCAGUCGCAACAACGACUCGUCGACUCCUGCGACCGAAGAGGUGGCGACGGAUUCCUUGCCGCAGUCCGUGCAUUCGAGCAAGUGGAAAGCGGGGGCGGGAGAGUCGGAAGCAAGAGCGGCGCCGGAGGAAAUCGGUGAUGAGCCUCCUGACGAGGAAGACCUUCUGCCCGUGGUGCAUGCGCUGCAACAAAAGAUACAGGAGCUGGAGCAGAGGGGACCCACGGAAGACAUGCGACGACAAAUCGGGCAGGAGAUGAAAGACGUCAUCGAGGCGCAGCUGCUGACGGAGAUGACGUCGCAGGGCACGGUGGACUACAUCCGGAGCCUUGAGGCCCAAAUCGCGCGGUACCGGGUCGAGAUCCAGAACGAGCGGCGGCGCAACUUCGACCUGCAGACGGCCCUGAGGUCGGCGCAGCGCAGGACGGACAGCGCACGUAGCGGCCCGUGGCGCGGGCGGAGGGACGGGCCCCAAGGGACCGCCUGGGCGACGCCCAGGAGCCGACCAGCCUCCUCCCCCGGCAAGCACACGGGUAGGCCCGCCACCGCGGGCCCGGCGGUCCUGUCCAGCGGCGCAUUGGCUUUGAGAAAAGAUCGGAUUGGAUCGCAGCCGGGAUGCGGCUUCGGAUCAAGAGGGGGGCAGAUCCGGUCACAGUCGGGAUCGGGAUCAGAUCGGGCUGUGGACUGCCUUAAGUUCCAAAUGUGGGAGCGGGGCGGGUCUGGAGCCCUGUCGGAACGAAGCAAGGGGGGUGGGGAGUCCAGCGUGCCUGGUAGCGGCGUGGCGUGA